UUGAAAUGCAAUAGGCAAAGAGAGAGAGUGCCAUCACACUUGAAUUAUAGUCAUUCUGUUUGUCUGUUACUGCUGAAGACAUCUGAUAAGUCUCUGCACCUCUGAGGAAGGAAAACAAGCAGGAUCUUGAAGAACAAGGAGCAGAAAACCAGCAGAGGAACGGUUCCUUCACUUCAGAAGAACCCAAGACUGCAAUCUGGAUCUGGUAUGAGACAAAUCAGAAGGGACGCUGAGUUGAAGUGCUGGAAGAGAGCGUCCCCUUGCUUGUGAGGGAAGAACAGAAGUGCCCAUAUUGUUGGAGAGGACGUCUAUGGUCCAGAGAUUCAGACCAUGAAGGGCUUGGAGCUGUUGUUGUUGCCUCUUCUGUUUAUUCUGAAAGAUGUAAGUGCUCAGUGGAAUGUGUGGAUGCCAAGAGACAUUUCAGCCAUGACAAACUCCUGUGUGGUUAUACCCUGCUCAUUCACUUACCCCCCUGGUGUCAGGCCUUACAGGGGAGUGCAUGGGAUCUGGUACUUUGGCCAGCCUUUCCCCCAGCUUUUCCCCCCAGUGGUGUUUAAGUCCCGCACAGAUAUAGUUCACGAAAGUUACAACGGACGGACCAAGCUUUUGGGUGACCUGACACAGAAGAACUGCACACUGCUGAUAAAAAACGUUGGAGCAGAACAUUCCGGGAGGUAUUACUUUCGUGCAGACCUGGGCGGAGCAAACAUCUACACUUAUCCUGACUUCACACAUCUCCAGGUGUUAGACCAGCCAAACAUCGAUGUUCCAGAAGAGAUCUUCAGCGACCAGAGUCUGGACUUGACCUGCUACGUCCCAGACAACUGUCCAGACAUGAUCCCAGAGAUCCACUGGAUGUACACAGACUACCUGCCUGAUCCCUUUUUCACCCCGGAUGGUAUCGCAGAAAGCAUCAGCCCUGUACACUCCAUCACCCUCACUUUUACACCCAGGCCCAUGCACAAUGGUCAGCAGCUGGGCUGUCGGGUCCACUACCCAAAUACUACCUUUGUCUACGAACGCCUCAUAUCACUAGAUGUCAAGUACGCCCCCCGAACGGUCUGGGUUAAUGUGUCUCAAGAGCAGAUGGAGGGAAGCUCUGUGGUUCUGCACUGUGAUGUGGACAGUAAUCCAAUUCCCACGAUAACAUGGUUCUUUGGAAAUAAAGAGCUGACGUCGGUUAUUGCAUCCAAUGCUUCACUGUUUCUGGAGAAUCUCGCUCCUGAAGAUCAAGGCAUCUACACAUGCGCUGGUGAUAACGGCAUUGGGAUUAUGAACACAUCCAUGUAUCUGGCCGUAAACUAUCCUCCACGGGAGCCAUGGAUCAACGAAUCCAUCACAGUGUUGGAGGGAUCUUCCUUUAGCCUGCAAUGCAUCAGUAAGGCUAACCCAACGCCCACGCUGACCUGGCUGAAGAAUGGAGAGCUGGUGGGCACCAUAACAGCACAGGAGGAGGGGUCUACACUGGAGAUCCAUGAGAUCGAGCCGCAAGCCGACGGAGUUUACCGCUGCCUAGCUGAGAAUGAACACGGCCGAGCGAGCAGCUCGCUUAACGUUACUGUAGAAUUUGCCCCGGUCCUCCUCCAGGACUCCAAGUGCACUAUAGUUCGUGAGGGCGUUCAGUGCAUAUGCAUCGCCUCUGGAAACCCAGAGCCUACUAUUGAAUUCUUUCUGCCUGACCUUAAUAUCACCAUCAACGGGUCCAACAAUCGCUUCCAAUUCUUCGCACAGUCAGACCACUACACUACCACAGGCAUCAUCAAGCUGCGGGACAAAGGCGAACGGGGGAACAACGGUGACACGGCCGUCCACGUGCACUGCAGCAUCAGCAACAUUUACGGAUCUGACAGCUUCCGCUUGGAACUGCAGCAGGAAAAAAAAUACAUUAUGGCAGUCAUAGUGGGGACUAUUGGAGGAGUGGCGGUCAUCGCCUUCAUCAUCGCGGCUGUGAGAUACGUGGGCCAUAACAAUAAAAAAGAGAAUGGUAACCCUGGGCAGGACGUGGGAUCUAAACUGGAGAAUCCCGCAAUGUUCUACAGCGCAGUCAAGAAGGACAAACAGAGUCUGAGGAAAAAAGUGCUUAAGACUGAGCUCCUGGGCUCAAAGUUUAACUCCAUCCUAGAGGAAGGCACGGGAGACGACAGUGAUUACCAAUCUGUUGGCCCGAUUGGAGGCAUGGAGAGGCAAGAGCUGAAUUACGCCGCCAUUGAAUUUCUUCACGGUCGACACCGGGAGGGAGGCUUCAGGAGGGCUGACGGUGACGGCAGUGACUACACUGAGAUUAAGACUAAAUGAACCGCGAUUCUUCCCUGAUGCCUCGACCAAACGGGACACAGUGGCCACUAGGGCCCAAUCAUUGGACACAUCCAUUAAGACGUUCAUACGAAAAUAACAUUCAGUUAUCAUUGACUCAUUGUCACAUCUUUGAGUUUCUUUCUAGUCUGUAGAACACUAAAGUAGUCAUAGUUGAGUUUACGUAAUGCAUUUUUCAAUACAAAUGGCUCUUACAAAUGACCGCGGCUCUUAAAGGGCACCAGGACUAAAAUAAAGAAAGUUUUGUCUACGAAAGACUUUAAGUACGGAGAAGUUUUCAAAAAGUAAAUGAUGACAGAAUUCUCUUAUAAUUUUGAAUGGCAUUUUCUUUUAGAGAAAGCUACAUUUUAGGUUUUUCCGCUGUAACCAUACCAGAAAUAAUUGUUCUUGGAAAGAGAGCAUUGAAUUCAACUACUGCAUCUCACGAAACAAGCAAGGUCUUGUUUCUCAAACGUUUCGAGCUUCUCCAGAACACAAAGUUUGGGAAUUGGUAUGGUUUGCAGGGGAGUCUUUGAACCUAGUGGUCUUUUUCACUGUGUCCGCUGUAAGUCGAUGCAUCAGGGAACGAGGUACCACGUGGGCCUCGAUCUCAAAGCACUAUACCCAUCUCUGGGUUUGUUUGGGGGGGAAUAACACUCUCUCGAAUGCAACAGUUGAUCUUUUGUCUACACACAAAAUAUUUGUCUGCAGAUACUUAUAUCCAGAAGAGCUUGUUAAAGGAAUAGUUCACCAGAAAUAAGUUCAGUCACUAUUUAUUCACCCCCCAACACAGAAAAAUAAAGGUUUGCAAUGACUUGAGGGUGAAGAAAUAAUGACGGGUUUUUGGGGUGAACUGUCACUUUUGUUGGAUUUCAGUGUAAGCUUAAAUUAAUACCUUUUUUAUUAUAUCUUUAUUUGUUUACGUUUAUAAAUGAAAACAGACCAGUAACUCGAUUCAAAACUGGUUUAUUGAACGGUUGCUGGAUUCCCCCUCCUUAAAGAAAACUUUUACUCUUCUGUUUAUUCAUAUUUGUAAGUUUUUUUAAUUCCUUUAUUUAUUUGAAUUCCUGUUCUGAAUACAAAGAGGAAUAAAAUGACUCUCUUAACAGCUCUGAACACACUGCAAUGCAGUUAAGCUGAGAAUAUAUAUAAGAAAUCAUACAGAAUAUUGAAAACACUGCAAGAUUGAUGGAUCACUGGAGCAGUUAUCCUUUAAAAAACAGAAAAUUGGCCAAAAAAUCCUUUGCAUAGCAGAACGAAACGUAGGAAGAUGAGACUAGCCAAGGUGCUUAAAAUAACUGUCAUGUUUUAUGUAAUCCUCCGGUAUGGGUUGUGUCAGUUUACUUAGAUGGUCCGUGUAUGCGAUCCGCCCUUGAAAUACAAUUUUAACUAACAGAUUAAUGAGUAAUUGUAUUAAAUAAAUCUUACAUUCAAACAGGCACUUUGAUGGGAUACCAGUGUAUGUAAAUACAUGAUAUAUAGUUCUGUAUUGUGAACCUCUGACUGCACAACAGGAACAUACAUUGUACUACAAUGGUGUAUAUUUUGCAGAAAAUCGAACACAAUGUGACAUGAUAUGUGCAUAUACAAUUAACUGAAGAUAUAUAGCCUACACAAAUGUUUUACCAGUUAUUUAUUUGUUAGCGAAGAUUCGGAAGUCAAACCUAAUUUUUCACUUUGAGUGUUGUAGAGGAUAUUUGUAUGUAUCUGACUGUGUGAUGGCAAUAAUAUCGAUCAAAAUAAUGUUGUUUUCUCAUUGACAUAAUAAUGCAGAAAUGAAUACAUUUUUAUUUAAAUAAGCUUUGUUCAUUCAUAUUAAUUUGUAAUUUGAUGUUCUUUGCUCUCUUUUUUGGUUAAUAAAAGUCUCCAGUCUCAAA